AUGGGCGCCGACGAGGUCGAAGGCGCGGACCGGACCUCCGCGUCCGCCGCCCGGGCGGUCCGCGAGCGCGUCGAGGCAGUCCGCGCCGGCGUCGACAUCGCGCAGGCCCUCGGUAGCGACGACUCCGUGAUCGACCUCAAGACGUUUCAGAAGCUCAAGGCGGCAUUCGACGAGGCAGACGUCGACGGGGGCGGCGACCUCUGCGUCGACGAGUUCGUCCGCGCCUUUCAGAUGGUGAUCCCUGAGGUCGAUGAGGCGAAGCUCCGGCACCUCUUCACGCGCAUCGACGCCAACGCGGACAACACCGUCGACUGGGACGAGUUCUCGUCCUUCAUCCUGCUGGAGGGAAUCGCGGGGGAGAAGGCGCGCGAAGCCAUGGACGGAACCGAGUACGUCCUGUGCGAAGACGGCCCCAAAGGCGUCGUCGGCGCCCCCGUGGACAAGCACAAGGACAUGUGCACGGCCGUCAUGCGCUUCCAGAAGGGCGAUUCCUACGCCACCGCGUCGCGAGACGGCACCAUCCGCGUCUGGGCGCACGACGACUCCAAGGGUGGAAUCAUGACCCAUCGCAAGACGGCCAAGACCGGGGGGGCCUACAUCGUGGACGCGGCCCAGCUCCCCGCGUCGCAGCGCAUGCUCAUCGCGUGCGCCGAUCGCAAGGUUAAGGUCUACGACCCAAAGGGAUGGGUCUGCGUGGGCACGUACGGAGGCUUGCCCGACGCGCCCCUGUGCGCCACCGCGUGGGAGGGCGGCGCGAGAAUCGUCAACAAUCAGGACUGCGAUUACUUCGCCGUGGGGGACGAUAAGGGCGUCGUGACCGUCGGGCGGGUGAUCGACAUGACCGAUGGGGAAGCUGCCGCGGCGGGGGGCGGCGACCGCGUGCGGUUUGAGACGAUGUGGCGGAUGAAGGUACACGACGGUUGGGUCAACUCGGUGAGCCACGUCGGCGAAUUAAACUCCGUGGCUUCCGGGGGCGGCGACGGGCUGGCGUGCAUCACCGACCUCGAACGCAAGGGAUACCCCCUGGCGGAUCCCACGCGGCGGUACGACGGGCACAAUCGCAAGUCGGUCAACGCGGUGAGCUGGACGGCUCGGUACAAGAAGCUCGUCAGCUGCGGCGAGGAUAAGCUGAUAAACCUGUGGAACCCGCUCAGCGCCAAGCCGCAGCAGAUCUUCGUCGGCCACGAGGAGCCGAUUCUCAAGUGCCUCGUGCUGGACGACGUGCAUCAGAUUGUCACGCUGGACGUGGGUAAGCGCAUGCACGUCUGGGACCUUCGAUCGGCGCGGUGCGUUCAGGUGAUUCACGACAAGGAGAGCUACCACCCCACGAACAUGCUCGGAGCGCUAGGAUACGACUCCAAGCGAAACCGACUCGUCACCGGGGCUCCCGCGCCCAAGUGCUACGCCCUCGUCAAGCGUUUGGCGGAGACGCACGCGGGGCACAAGCGCAGGUGCGUCGCCGCGCUCUGGAACCGGCGAUUCCAUCAGGUUGUCAGCUGUGACGAAGCCGGGGGGGUUCGUGUGUGGGACGUCUUCACCGGGAAGAUCUCGUUCAGGUUCGAAGGCGCCGAGGGCACGCGAAGGCCCGACGACGACGAACGCCUGACGGACACGUACCGUCCCAUGGUCGCGGACAGGGCGGUGGACGAGGGCGACGACGAGGACAUGGCUCCGCACAGGCGGAACAGGCUGACUUGCGCCUGUUUCGAUCAUGCGCAGCGACGUCUGAUGACGGGGUCGUCGGACGGGAACGUUCGGCUUUGGAACUUUGCCAACGGCGUGAUGCUGAAGGAGAUGACCACACCGACGAUGGACGACGUCACGGGCCUCGUGCACGCAGUGAACGAGAGCGGCGACGGCAAGAGGGUGGUGUCCUCGGGCUGGAACGGGCUGGUCACCGUGUGGGAGGAUUUGGGCGGAAUAUCGUCAAAGCAGGAGCCGAGGCGGCAGAUGCGAGGACACGGCGCCGACGUGCUCUGCGUCGCGGAGCACCACCCGGGCACCAUCGCGAGCGGCGAUUUCGACGGCGUCGUCAUCGUGUGGAACGUGGACAACGGCGGCAAGCGACACAAGCUGAUCCCGCCGCCGCCGAGCGAAGCGGAUGCGAACGAGUCUUCUUUGCCGGUUUCCCGCGCGGCGGAGUGCGUACACUUCAUCGAGGGCGGCGGUCCGCCGCGGACUUCGAUGAACGCGCUGAGCGAGUUCAAGUUAACCCCGGUGGUGUUGUGCGUGUCUCACGCGGACGGGCGCGUUCGCAUGUGGAACGCGAUACCGAGCUCGGGGGCGCUGCUCUGCGACUUUCACGCCGGCCACGGGGACGGCGAGAGCGUGCUGUGCGUCGCGACCGACCAAAGGGCGACCAGGAUGGUCACCGCCGACUCCACCGGCCGGUGCCGGCUCUGGGACAUCGCCGGCCUGGUGCGGGGGAUACACUCGCGAGCGCCGGGCGCGGGCGAGGACGAGCCGCCGUUUGGAAGGUCCGACGUGGAACUCCUCGGGUACUGGCAGGCGCACUCGAGCGGGAAGUGCGUCAACGCGGCGCGAUGGCUGGAGGUGGAGGGCAUCGGCGUCUUCUUCACCACGGCGGGAGACGACUGCGCGGUGCACCUGUGGUCUAAGGACGGCCAGCACGUCGGAGAGUUUGGCCCGCACCGUUGGACGUUGGAGGAUACGCGCACGUGGGCGUCGACAGAGUUGCCGCCAGACGGGGAUUUUUCGAGGACGACAGUCACGGACGAGGACGGUACCCCGGCCCUGAACCCGAACCCGAACCCUACCGACGACGCGGACGAUACCGGCGACGCGGACGCGCCGCGCGACGAGUCGAAGAAGGAGGUGGACGCGGAGAAGGAAGAGGCGCCCGCCGUCGUCGUCGAGGAAACCUCGGGGGCGGAGGAGCCGCGGCCCGCCGAGGACGGGGAGGAUGGGGAGGACGGGGAGGACGGGGAGGACGGGGAGGAAUCGCCCGCGCCGACCGCGGGCGGCUCGCGCGCCGCCGUCUUCGUCAUGCCGACGAUGCCCGACCCCGAGACGUUCCGCGCGCUCGCCGUCGAACGCGCCGAGGCAAAGUACGGUCGGCUCGAGGACCUACCGGAGGUUGUUCACCCGACGCCGCCGAAGCCGCGCCCCCCGUCGCCCACCCCCUCCGAGUCGGCUCUCGAGGUGAGGUACCCGAAACGGCCGGGGUACAAGGCGGUGCAACCGAACGACGAUCGUCCGAGGUGGACCGCGGACGUGCCGUCGUCGUUCGAGUCCGGCGCGACGUAUCGGCGCAUUCAGAGCAUGGACUCCGCCAAGGCGAACGACCUUCGGGGCAAGAGCAAGGAGGAGCUUCGGGCCAUCGAGGCGAAACUAUCCGCGCCCAAGGGGGAACGGCACGAGCGCGUCUACAUCCCCGCGGGGGACGAGCACAUCAACAACCCGGAGGCUAAGGGGCGCGCGUUUUCGUCGCUGUACCACCUCUUGAAGAUCAGGGACGUGGCGGAGACCAAGCCGCCGCCGGAGACGAGCAAGGGUUUGUUCAAAUACGGCGCACCCGUGGACGAGGUUCUGGCGAGAAGAACCGCGAAGGCGACGCGGGACGAGACGGACGAGUGA